AUGUACGGAAAAAUUUGUAACUUCAAUCUGAAAGAGUUAGCGAAAACCUCGAAUUUGUCCAGAGUAGCCGAUGCGAUGAGAGAAAAAGGGAAAAACCCCGCGAAGAGAGCCAAGACCUUUACUGGUUGUUGGACGUGUAGAACGCGCAAAGUUAAAUGUGAUUUGGGACGGCCUUCGUGUCAGCGGUGCGAGAAAUCCGGGUUUGAAUGCGGAGGUUAUGAUAUAAAACUGCGGUGGUCACAGCCGAUCAGUUUCGAUAGUUUUGGACAUCAGACGCGAAACGAAGGAGCAAACGUUGGAGGAGGAGGAGGAGGAAGCUCUGCCGAAGAGCCACAAUUUCAACGACGUAACGUCGCCUUUGUACGUUAUCAGGAAGAAUAUGAGUUUUAUGAAGAGAUGGACGACGAACUAUCAGCAUUACAUUCACCGGGUCUAGACAAAAUUGCAGAAGGGCGCACGUGGAUCAUAAAGAAAUUUGGCGUGUUUCGAGGGACCGACCGAGUCAAGAAAAAGUAUGCGCCUCGCAAAAGGCGACGGCAGAAUUUGUCAGGAUUAGUUGGCAAAAACGGCAGCGGUUUGAAGCGAGGGUCACCGCCUGUAAUCGUCAAGGAGGCUGAUCCGAGUAUCUACGGAUUCCAGACUGCCGAAGAGCCCAAAAUCAGCGACGAUAGUGGCUCCAAGAUAUCAAACUUAUUCGACUUUGAUUUCUCCAGCAUAAAGCUUCGCGGCAACGAAUGGAUAUCCAACGAGUUGAAAGAAGAUGCACUUGUCUCUGCGUCUGCUAUGCGUGGUGCCUCGACAGACGGCCUGAUGAUGCAGCUUGGCUUGGCACCACGCGUAAGUGGCGGCGGCGGCGGCGCAACGUCGCCACCCAUCGCAAACGAUUUGAGGCUGGAUUCGAGGAAUAGUACCGGAAGAGACCCAAGCUUGGUCGAUGAUUGUUCUCACAUAUACAAACUUUUAAAUCACAAGGAUGUGGCUCGAAAUAAUGCUACCAAGUCUCCAUUUCCCGAUCUAAAUUCGUCCAAGUCACUCAAACCCAGCAUAGUUCCUCUUGACAACGAGAUUUUAAUUGACGCUCCCGGUGGUGAAACGACUAUGCCGCGCGACGUUCUGGAAGUUGUACCGUCAGAGGUUCCGGAUAUCACAGUCUUCAACAGAGUCGACAACGAUAAUUUAUUGUUAAGAAUACCCACCACCGGAUUACACGUUCAUGGAAUGACGAGAUUUCUACUGAAUUAUUAUCUUCAAAACGUUGUCGACUUGAUGACUGUUGUGGCGCUCCCAACCAAUCCUUGGAGAACAAUAUAUUUUCCCAGAGCUCUUCAAGCGUUAGGCGAUCUGGCUGGAAUCGGAUACACGUCAAACUCGCGCAAUUCUUUGCUGAAUGCAUUGCUCGCAGUCUCUUGUUUCAAUCUUCUGAGUAAAUUUCCUCGCAAUUCUCCAGAAAUGAAAUUUUACUUGCAGAUGGGCAUCAACUUUCGUGGGCAAGCUUCAAGAUUUCUCAAGCUUUGUCUGGAGGCGACAAUCAAGCAAGAAAGGUAUAAGGAUAUUUUGACUUCUAUUUUGUCAAUGAACUCGAUUGACGUUGUGUGGGGUACAAUGGCCGACUGCCAGUAUCAUUUGUCUCUUUGCGAGAAUAUCGUUGAAGAUCGCAUGAAAGUGAGGCCACAAAUCUCUAGUAAGGCCAAGUCGUUGCACCGGAUAUUUUCGUUUUUAAAACUGAUUCAAGACAGUACUGCUCUAGAUACGGUCACAGCCAAAGAAAUUGUAAUAUCAGAUGAGGAAAUUGACAAGGACGGCGCUACACCAUGUGAAGGCGAAGAUGGUGAGUUCAAAGAGGCUAUAGACCAGGUUGACGGCAAAAUCAAAAUACAGUUUGUUAAGCAGAGCAUAAGUGCUGGCAGCACGCCCAUAUUUAGUGACAUCGCCAGUCAGACAUAUUAUUAUCCACGGAAAAAACUGAACAGCAACGACAUUUUGAGUACGGACGCGCUUUAUGGCCUGCCAAACUCCAUUAUUCUUCUGCUUUCAGAUUGCGUUCGGUUAGCGCGCCACAGAGAGUAUUUUCGGUCGAGAAGCAUGCCACUUCCUCGAACCUAUAAUGAUAUAUGUUCGCGGCUAGAUUCCAGACUCAUGAGCUGGAGUUCCGAAUGGGAUUUCCGGCGUCCUAAUUCGGACGAAUUUAUAAGCGAUACACUGGAGGGUGUCUAUCAUCACACCAUGAGCUUUUAUUACAGCUUGAUCAUUUAUCACCGCACCAUGGCAGCUGAAGGUGGUUUGUCCACUCUCCAGGGCUACGUCAGAAAAGUGCUGACGCACUUAAACAAGCUAACUACAUUGAUCGAUGAGAAAAACGUAAAAAUCGUGCCGCUUAUAUGGCAAGGGUUCAUUGCAGGCUGUGCCUCGGUUGAUUCAGACCUGCAGAUUCAGUUCAAGAAUUGGGCAGCAAAGUUGGCCAAUUCGGGCAUGGGGUCUUAUUGGGGAGCCCGACAAGUGAUGUUCGAAGUCUGGCGCAGAAGAAUGAACGGCGAAACGAGCGACAGUUGGUAUGCCGUUUACAGGAGCUGGGAAAUGAAUCUUAUGCUUACUUGA